UUUAUCAACAAUUUCGCGUCGUCUGCUCAUUUGUCUCAGUUUUGUUUUUUCACUUUGUUAGUUUUCCGGCUCGAAAUAACAAGUUUUUGGACUUGUCAACACGUAAUAACAAGCAUGGUUUCUUACAAAUGGGUUGCUAAGCGGCGAAACUAUAAGGAGGAGGAACUUGCGAAUCGAAGCUUAAGGACACCGAAUGACAGAUUACCCCACCCACUGCUAAGUUCCACUUAUAAAGAAAUCAAUCCUAAAACAAAACCUAUUUCUCCAAAGAAAAAAAUUUUGUUGGCCUACUCUGAUCCUUUGAGCCGGGCAUUGGAGGGCAGUGACCCUCUCAGCCAGUUUGUGUCCAAAGAUGAAGUCGAAGGGCCUGAACUUUACUCUCCAGCCUCUAACCAGAAAGACAGUGUAUCGCAAGAGUGGCUCAGGCACAGAACUUCCAUUUUAGGAAAGUUUACAACGUCAGAGAAAUUAUCCAUCACAUCUAGUUUUCUUCAAGGGGGAGAAAAAUUGGUCGUCAAACAGCAGAUCAAUGACAAAAUCAAGCACAGGCUACAACAGCUGGAUGAAUUUGAAGAGCAUGUGAGUGAACACAAGGGACUUUCCAGGGAUGACUAUGUCUCACGAAUUACACAAAUCAGUCAUGAACUCCACCAAGCAUGGGCUUUAGAUCAAAGAGUCAAAGCGCUGAAAAUUGUCAUUCAGUGCUCUAAACUUCUGCUUGAAACUCACCCCUUUGCCUUUUAUCCGAGCAAAUUCGCCCUCAUUACCGAUAUUUUGGAUAACUUUGGUCGAAUGGUGUUCGAAAGAAUUGCGGAAAAAGGAGAUAUCAGGCUGGUAGAUCACCAACUACCAAAGUAUUUUAAACCGGAGCACGUUUCUGAAGGAGCCCGUGAGACGUGUCGCAACUGGAUGUACAAAAUUGCAUCAGUUAGAGAACUGUUGCCGCGAAUCUAUGUCGAAAUGGCCGUCCUGAAAAGCUACUCAUUUUUGGAAAACACGGAUUUUUCCGCUAAUUUGAUCCGAUUGUCGAGGGCCAUUCGCGGUGUGGGAAAUCCAUUAGUUGCCGCCUACGCACGCGCGUACUUGAUGCGCAUUGGACUAGAACAAUUCACUCAAGACCGCUCAUUUGUAAUUGAAAACGUCCGAGAUUUGUUUCUCUCCUACAAUCAGCUAUACAGUAACAGUGUUCGAACCGAACUCACCGUUUUCCGAACCGAGUUGGCGGAUUAUUUGUCACUUUUUUCGCCUGCCUAUGACUGGAUUUUCCAGACUUUGGCCAACACCGGCCAGCACGACGGACUGGACGCAAUCUGGCGGCAGAGUUUCAAUCAACCUGAACCAGGAUUGCUAUGGCUAUCCCUUCUCAGUCAGUUCCCAUCCGAUUUUGUCUUACCCAGGUGCCUGGAACUGGCACUCCAUAUCACAACGACUCCCUCAACAGGGGUUUCUAGUCAACAACUGAUGGUAAUGAUGGGCCAAGUUCUCAGUAGCAAUCUGGCUUCUUCUUCGGAAUCCAAACCGGGGAAAAUGCUGAAUGUUAUCUGGCCCUAUUUGAGUCGGAAAGAGGACGCCGAGUCAUACCUUCAGUGUAUCGAAGCCUGGAUGCCUUACCUUCUUCGUCAUUGGAGGGUCAAGGAAGUUCAUGUCAUCAUUAACGAUAUCGUCCAUCAUUUCCGACCAAAGGCCCAAGCUCACCAUGUUUCUCAGUUGAAUAACAUAGUCCAUGCUUUGAUAAGGACGGACCAAAUUGAUUACCAAAGCUUAUUCACUACGGAUCCACUAAUGGGGCUGUUAGACGUCUACCCGGAGGGUCAAUCACGAGCAGAAGCGGCGAAAAUUUUACUUCAACAAUUCCUAAUCGAUUACGAUCGACCAUUAAGUCAUCCACUUAUGGUCGAUCACCUUUUAUCCAUCGCUCGCAUCCUCCAUGACACACUCAACGCCACCAGCGUCGAGGACGAAAAGCGACAGAUCAGCGAGCUAGCUAUCGCCCUUAUUGACCGCGUCGAUUUUGGCCGUGAUUUCCAGCAGAUGCUAUCGUUUUAUGGCGAUGCUCGAGCGGCGUUCACCAAUCUCGACCCAGUGUUGGCUCAUUUAGUCCAGGCGAUCAAUCGCUUGAGUAGUCGGACACGCCAGUUGAUUCAGGAGCACAACGAGAGAACUGGCCAUUUUGUUCGUGCUUGUGGCGCCUUUGCCUACAUCACCAUUCCGGCCAUUUCGUGUCCAAUGAUUCGAUUCCGGUUGUAUUUGCUGUCGAGCCAAGUGGCCUUGGCCAAUGAAUGCCUCGGACAAGCCGACGCCUGCCUUGAAGGAGCCAUCAAUUUGGUGACUGAAUUCUCACCGACACAGGAGCAAUGGAUCAUGGCCAGUCUGUCCAACCUUCUCUCCACCCUUUUAGUCCAGCCCGACACGCCCGAUCAAAAUCGACUUCACCAUCUACGGCGUUUGUUGCGUAACGCACGGACAUUCUCCAUCAACCACACGAUGCAUCGAUUGCGUUCAACCAUCUACCUCCAAGCGAUUCGUUUACUUUCGGCCUACCUGCAACCCGAUUACAUCUAUCACGUUGCAAACGUGGAAUCCAACGAUCGUUUGUACCUUGGCGACGACGAAUUCCGUUCCGAGGCGGUCGAUUAUUGCAGCCAACUGUUGACGGAACUUUUGAAUGAUAUAAAUCAGCUGGGCAAUGAGAACCAGCACCGAAAACAGGCAAGUCUUUGUUUAGAUUUGUUUUCUUUGUUAAUUGAGUCAGCUGACCUCGAUGCUGAGCCGAGCCUUUCGCAACUUGCCGCCCAGCUUUAUCAUCUUGCCCGGAAGCAUAACCAGUGGGACGCAGAUUACGCCUCGCAGUGGGCCCGUGGCCUCCCCGCUCGCCAGUCAGACUCUUUUCUCUCUGUCUCUCUCCUAGAUCUUUUGAUUCUAUUUUCUCCAUAUCCGUGCGUCCGCUGCUUGUCCGCCAUGAACCGGGUUCCAUCACAGUCCGAGAUAGAUGAAUUACGGACGGCUUUUAUCUUGAUGGAUCAAGAUAGGGAUGGACGAAUAACCGCCUUAGAAGUUCAAAGCAUGCUCCAACAACUGGGCAUCAAUUUACGUGAGGAUAUCGUCCUCAAUUUAGUCCGACAGGCCAGCCAAUCGGGAAGUACUCUGAUGAACGAAACAGAAUUUUUCCAAUGGGUUAAACGGAUCCAAGCUCUUCGCCCGCCGCCGGAACAAACGAGUGGCAGCAGUGCGGAUGAAGAAGCCGGUCUAGAUUUGGUAGCCGCCUUUCGGGUAUUCGAUCGGGAUAAGAAUGGCUUCAUCACUAAAGACGAAUUGAGACUAGCAAUGGAACUCAUUGAUGAGUCCAUGACCGAACAAGGUCUUAACGACCUCAUUAAAAUGGCUGAUGUCGACAAAGACGGACGCAUCAAUUAUGAAGAGUUUGCCAAGAUGCUUUUGUAAAUGUUUGUACCUUUUUAUCUCUUUACAACUAUCCGGUGACGUUUUCAAUAAAUUUCAACAUUGUAAA